AUGGAGAAGAAAACAUGCAUCACCUUCUUCUGUCUCAUGUCUUUUGCCGUUAGCACAGAAUUAGUUUAUGGUGUCCAAAGGCCUGGAGAAGAAUCGGUUGACAGGGUGAAGCUAUUUAUUUUCGGGGACUCGUAUGCAGAUACAGGAAACCUGCCAAGUUCUACAUCCAGUUCCUGGAAACAACCAUAUGGAAUCACUUUCCCUGGAAAACCAUCUGGAAGAUUUUCCGAUGGUCGUGUUCUCACGGAUUACAUUGCUUCAUUUCUUGGUAUAAGAUCUCCAGUACCUUAUGAAUGGAAAAAGUUGGAAGAGAAAUGGAUAGAAACUGGGAUGAAUUUUGCUUAUGGAGGGACAGGAGUGUUCAACACAUUGGUUGAUCAACCGAAUAUGACUGCACAAAUCAAUUUCUUUCAACAACUCGUUCAAGAAAAUGUGUACACAAGAAACAAUCUAAGUUCAUCCUCUAUUGUCCUCGUGUCCCUAUCAGGCAAUGACUAUGGUACUUACUUUGCCAAAAAUGGCUCAUUAGAGGGUUUGGAGGCAUUCACUAAAUCAGUCAUUGAUCAGCUAGUCUUGAAUCUUAAGCGUGUACAUGGAUUCGGAGUGCAGAAAGUAGCCGUCACAGGUAUUGGACCUCUAGGGUGUUUACCUUCAAUAACUGCUUCAACUUCAUAUCAAAAUUGCAGCGAUACAGGAAAUAAUGUAGCACAGUUUCACAACCAACUGCUUCAGCAAAAUCUGCACAGGUUGAACAAUGAAACUGGUGCCUCAUCUGUUUUUGUAUUCCUUGACCUCUAUAGCGCAUUCUCUUCUGCCUUGAAAUUUAAACAAAAUCAUCCAGAAAAUUUGACAUUCAAAAAUGGAUUGAAGCCAUGCUGUCUUGGUGUGAACGGUGAAGGCUCAUGUGGGAGUGUUGAUAAAAGUGGGACGAAGAAAUAUGUCGUCUGUGAGAAUCCCAAGCAGUCAUUUUUCUGGGAUUCGAUACAUCCUUCAGACCAGGGGUGGCAUGCUGUUUAUUCGGCUUUGAAACGUUCUCUCCCUUCUCUUGUAUGA